AUGGUGAAUUCUUCAGUACCUUCGGCGUCCCAUGGAAUUUACACAGGACCUAUCACACGCUUGAUGGCGAAGCGGAGGCAGAUUGAGGCACAAGCAUCUGGGGCAGGUUUCCAAGAUCAGUCGGGACAGAGCCAGCUCAGCCCCCAACAUUUGAGGCCCCGACCGACAAAGAUCAACACGACUGACUCUGCGACACAAGGUCCCAAGUCGGGUAGGCGGAAGAAAUGA